AUGUUUUCAGCGACUACAAGCUUAGACCAAAUACUGCGGGAUGCGGAGGGCAAUAGAAAGAAACUGAAGUCGGGCACUGUCCCUGACCUUAGCCACAACAGCGCCGUGCUGUCCGACCCCAGGGCUGCGCUAGGCAAUUUGCAACAUUUAGCUGGACCAACACCGUUCACUUACGUAGGAAGUGCUCUAUCGCCGUUCCCAACAGCCGACACCACAGGUCCAUCCUGGCAGCCACAACCCCAAUCAAGUUUCAACACAUCAUUGAACACAAGUGGCUUUGGGAUCUCUCAAACUGAUAACACAAGUGGCUUCCAGCUCCAGAAGCCACCCGGCAAACGUGGGAAACAAUGA